GCACAGCAAAAAAAAAAAGAAAAUCUCAAAACAUCUUCAGUGUCAUAUUGUCUCAAAGCUUUCAUCUGACAUAUUGAAGAGAUAUUAGAUGGAUGAUGAGUGACUAUGAGGGUCUCCAUGGCCAGAUUCUCAGCUUCCAAAGGAUCGCCCCACUGACUGGCAGAGGAACAAACAACACACAGUGCAUCCAGCAGGACACGAGGGGGAGCAUAGCUACGACCGAGUUCAGUCAGCUCUCCUGACUCUGACACCAGGACAUCCUGGGCAAAAGGACAUUCAGACCUUCUGCAGAGAGACGGAGUCCCCUGCUGAACAUUAAACACCUGGAAGAACCUUUUUUGUCCUGGGGAAAGCAGACCACAAUCUGGUCCUGCUCAAACCUCACUAUACACCAAGAGUGAGGAAACUACCUACAACCACACGCUCAAUCAGGAGGUGGUCUCCUGAAGCCGAGCAGGCCCUGAAAGACUGCUUCUCGACCACGGACUGGGAAAUACUGCAGGGGUCUCACAGCAAGGACAUGGAGGAGAUGGUUGACUGCACCACGGGCUAUAUUAACUUCUGUAUGGACACUGUGGUUCCAGUUAGAUCUGUACGCUGCUUUGCCAACAACAAGCCCUGGAUAACGAGUGACAUAAAGGGCCUUCUGAACCAGAAGAAGAAGGCCUUUAAAGAUGCUAACAUGAAGGAGCUCAAGCGGAUACAGAGGGAACUUAGAGUCCAGCUCAGGGAGGCGAAGGAGCAGUACAGAAGGAAAAUAGAAGAAAAAAUGCAGACCACCAACAUGAGGGAGGUGUGGGAGGGGAUGAAGACCAUCACUGGCUGCAGCUCCAAGAGAAGUGCCCCCACUGAGGGGGUGUGGGAAGGGCAAACCAGCUUAACCACUUCUUCAACCGGUUUGACGACCCCAACCCAUCCACAACUCUGAACACAGCAGCCCCCACUCUCCCACAAGCCAUCACCAACACAGAUGAGGACACCACCCCUCCCCCUAUAACACCUCCCAUGACAAUCACAGCAGCUCAGGUCUGCGGAGAGCUGAAGAGGCUGCACCCCAACAAAGCUGCAGGUCCUGAUGGAGUAUCCCCGAGACUACUGAAGGCCUGUGCGAGGGAGCUGGGACACCCCCUCCAACGCAUAUUCAAUCUGAGCUUGGGACAGGGGCGGCUUCCCCAGCUGUGGAAGACAUCCUGCAUCAUUCCAGUUCCAAAGAAACCACAUCCUGGUGAGCUGAACGACUUCAGGCCGGUCGCCCUGACGUCACACGUGAUGAAGACCAUGGAACGGUUGCUGCUACACCACCUGAGGCCACAGACCCACCACGCCCUGGACCCUCUGCAGUUUGCUUAUCGGGAGAAGACCGGAGUGGAGGAUGCUAUCAUCUUUCUGCUCCACCGAUCUCUCUCUCAACUGGAUAGAGGCAGUGGUGCUGUGAGGAUUACAUUUUUGGACUUCUCCAGUGCCUUUAAUACAAUCCAGCCACUGCUCCUCAGGGGCAAACUGACAAGAGAUGGGAGUUGAAACACACCUGGUGGCGUGGAUUACUGACUACCUGACCAACAGACCUCAGUAUGUGAGGCUGGGGGACUGCAGGUCCGACCCUGUGGCCAGCAGCACAGGAGCACCGCAGGGAACUGUACUCUCUCCGGUCCUGUUCACCCUGUACACGUCCGACUUCCAGUCCAACACGGAGCUCUGCCAUGUGCAGAAGUUCGCAGAUGACACAGCCAUCGUAGGGUGUAUCAGGAGUGGACAGGAGGAAGAGUACAGGAAACUGAUCCAGGACUUUGUCAAAUGGUGUGACUCCAACCACCUGCUCCUCAACACCACUAAGACCAGGGAGAUGGUCGUGGACUUUAGGAGACCCAGGCCGCAUCCAGAACCGGUCAUGAUUAAAGGGGACCGUGUGGAGGUGGUCCACACCUGCAAAUACCUGGGAGUGCAGCUGGAUGACAAACUGGACUGGACUGCCAAUAGUGAUGCUCUGUGUAGGAAGGGACAAAGCUGCAUGUACUUCCUUAGAAGGCUGGCGCCCUUCAACAUCUGCAAGAAGCCGCAACAGAUCUUCUAUCAGUCUGAAGUAGCGAGCGCCCUCAUGUACGCAGUAGUGUGCUGGGGGAGCAGCUUGAAAAAGAAGCAUGCUGCACGCCUGGACAAACUGGUGAGAAAGGUUGGCUCUGUUGUUGGCACAGAGCUGGACAGUCUAACAUCAGAGGCAGAGCGACAGACAUUGAACAGGCUCCUGUCCAUCAUAGACAAUCCAAGUCAUCCUCUGCACAGCAGCAUCUCCAGACAGAGGAGCAGCUUUAGUGACAGACUGCUGUCAUUGUCCUGCUCCACAGACAGACUGAAGAGAUCGUUCCUCCCCCACGCCAUCCGGCUCUUCAACACCAUCCGGGGGGGAGGGCGAUAAAAUGGACAAAACAACACAACAAAAAUUCUGGAGUCAUUACACACUAACACCACGCACACAGACACGCACUUUACCACACAAUCAUACACACAUAUCUACAUGUUGGACUCAAGUGUGAAAAACAGACUACUGCAGACAGUAACACACUGUCAUUCUGCACAAUUGCACUACUGCACUGUUGAACUGCCAGAUGUUUAUAUGUUUAGAUGUUUAUAUUCUUAAUUAUAGUCUUAUAUGUAACUUGCAUGCUCUUAUGUUUUUUACCUUUCAUGCUGCUGGAACUGUGAAUUUCUCUUUGGAGAUUAAUAAAGUAUUUACCUACCCUACCUACCAUGCAUGGGCGUGGUUCUGCCCUCUACUGGGGGCUCGUCUAGUUAAAGGGGAACUUCGU